GUUCAAAUGGGCUAUAUAAUCAGCCUCAGCCCCGGGCCGCCCUUCUGCUUUUCCUUCUCCUCUACAACCAUCUGUCCCACCCACUACUAGUAUCAUCAAGGCUCCAAGGCUCCAAGGCCCCAAGGCCCCAAGACUCAGCUACUACUACAAAUAUUUUAUACUUUUUUGACUGUUCGAACUUACCCAUAAUCGAGCAGUCAACAUGAUCUUCAUCUUCACCAUCACCCUCCUUCUCCUCCCCUUCCUGGGUGCAGCAGCUUCUAAGAAGGUGCAGCCGUCCUCCUUUGCCGCAUCCAAGGCCAUCAACGUUCCGGCACUGCUCGCAGCUUCUGACAUGGUAAAGACAGUCCCAGCACGCGCGUCGUAUCCACUGAGCCUUAAAGGCUCUAAAGAUACGUCGACAAUCCACAGUGACUGGGCGUCGUUCCAAGACGGGGCAGCAUUUGUUUUCAAAGCCGACAUGGAUGUCGACUGUGACGGAAUUGACUACAAAUGCUCCGGCAACGCCGAUGGCCAGGCCGUUACCAACUGGGGCGCGCUGUCUGCUUUCGAGGUUCCAUACAUUGUGAUACCUCAGGCAUUUCUCGAAGCCAAUCCGGGGGCGAUUCCCGGAAACAAUGUUGCAGCCGUCAUCUGCAACAACAAAAUGUUUUACGCCAUUCUUGGAGACACGAAUGGCAACAACCCGCAGGUCACGGGUGAGGCAUCUUUGCUCCUCGCUCGUUCCUGCUUCCCCAAGGAUAACCUCAGCGGCGACAGCGGCCACGAAGAAAUGGAUGUGACAUACAUCCUGUACGCCGGCCCUGAGGCUGUCCUUCCUUCAAGUGCCCAUAAUGACAAGUAUAUCACCGACUUUGACAUGCUUCGGUCCAUGGGCGAUCACCUUACGACCUCCCUCUCGGCGAACCUGGACGGUUCCGACGUCGAAUCCGCUGCCUCGGCGCAUGUCCUUUCGGCUGCAUCUGAGGUUACAGCCCUGUUCUUGGCUGUUUUUGUUCUGGUUCUGGCAUGA